CUUCCGGUUCGCACUGGAUUUUGAGGCAGUCGGAAUGGUCGAAGAUUUGGACUCCAGUCUGAGUGGUGAGUACGUGGAGUGUCUCACAGAGAUUCUGCUCGACGAAAGUACGCAUAUUGAGCAGCGACUUGCGGUGAAGCAAGGUGCUGGACAAAAUGGUGCUAGUAUUAACAAGACAACGAUAACGAACAAAAACAAGAUGAACACGUCCACAUCGUCAAACAAGGAUGAACUGGUUAAUCAUGAUGAUAAUCCAGACGUCGUCGACAUAGCGGCAGGUGCAGGCUUCGGCAAGGGUUUUCGGCAAGGAAAUAAGAAUACCACGAUGAGUCAAAAGCAUGCGCACAUAGCCGCCCAAGUAGCGAGUCGAAGCACUAAAAGCAAACAAGCUGGAGCUGCGUCAUCUUCAACGUCAGUUUGGAAGAAACCGACCUUGUUGGCACCACACAACUUCGAACUGGUUCGUUUGAAGGGAUUAGCAGACUUCCUCUCGAACUACGACCCCAUUUCCGGCGUAUCGGCAUCGGCUCAUCAGAGUGAAACUGAUGAACUCGACGACCGAGGUCCUCCAGGAAAGCAGGUGCCACCAAAAGCAAGAGGAGAAAAACUGGGCAAAGUUAAUGCACCGACGAGCAAAUCGGACAAGCGCAGAAGAGAGUCACCGGAUGAAGAAGACGAUCUUCUUGCUGAAGACGCAGCUACGUCCUCCAAGCCUAAUAAAUCUAGUCCUGUGGCGGGUCAGAACAAGAAGGGAGUCCUGAAAGGACUGCGAGCAAAGAUGGGUCGCGCGCGGGCGCUGAAGCUCAAAAGCGAGAAAAAGACGAUAACGGCACAACAUUUCUCCUCCUCGAGCGGCCAAGAAAGAAAAGCAAAAACAAGUGUUGACAGGGCAAGCGAUGAAGAGGACGAGGACGAUGAUGAAGAAGACUGCGACGCCGAGGGAGAAACAGCGGACGAAGAUGAAGGGGAUUGGCCGAUGGAAGACGACGAUUCCGAAGACGAGGCCUCACCGCAGGUGAAAAGCAUGGACGAGGAUGCUAAGAUUGCUGCACCUCCGAAGAUCAGUGCUGGCGUUGAACAAAAGCCCAGUACGGGCACCACUGGGGGAGGUCGUGGUGGCGGGACCGGAAAUGGUCACACCAAGAAGCACGGCAAAGGUGUCUCUCUGCAUCUCCAGCGUACGGUCGACUUCCCGACCCUCACGUGUGUGAAAUAUCACGAUGAGGGCGGAAGCCGAAGCACGUUUGUUGAUGCGUCAGAUAGCAUGUGGCUCCGGCACCACGAGAACGCCUGCGCCCAAAUCCUCCACGAGGAAGAAAAGCAAACAGGAAAACCCGUUUUCGACUCUGUCACGCGCAUCCGCAGGGUGGCAGCAACGAGCAAGAUUCACGACCCGAUCGAACCCUUUUCCGGUCCGACAGACUUCAUACAAACAACUUCUGCAAGCCGUCAGGCGUACUCCAGGGCAUUAUUUGGUGGAGAUUCAGAUCUCAAUGAAGACGAUGCUGAUGAAAACUACUUGGAAGAUGUUGAGGCUGGUGCACCUCCCAGUGCGAAGCGGAGACGGAAAUCCACGUCCGAUCCAAAGAAGCGGAACUUAAGCUUUUCGCAGAAUAACAACAACACUAAGGUGAAGAAAAAAUUUGACGACGCGGAGGAUGACGAUGAGAAAGAAUUAGAGGCUGCCGCACGUCGUGCUGUCGUGUCAUGCGGCGCUGCGCUUACAGUGGACGGAGAAUCUGUGGAGUUUGGUCCUGAAGUCCGGUUACAUCCCGGGUCAAGCGUGAAGCAACUUGCCGACCGCUUGCUGCAACUCGUGAAAGCUAAGGAAGAGUGCGUUCGUCUAGAGGACGAUCCUGUCCUAGAAGACCUCGAGAAAUUGCGUCUGAUCGUCUGUUUCUUCGGUGGGACCCUGUUGCGCGACUCCAGCCACGUCAUCGCAACGCCGGCGCACGUGGGCCAGAAGUUUUGCCGGUCGCGCAACACAAUUUUGACCAAGCUCGCGUCCUCUUCUCCAGCCGGAGGCACUAGCGCCUUGCUUCAAGAAACCUUGCCUGGAGGACGUGGCGACGAGCAGACGAGUGGAGCAGUGUCCAAAGUGAGCAAUGCAAAGCAAGCAACUUCUUCAUCUUCUGCAAAUAUCGUGGAUGAACCCUAUCACAGAUUCCUCCCGCAUAUGCGCGGUCGGAUGGCGCGGCUGUAUGGUCCGCCGCCCGUGAAUCAAAAGCAUCUGCAAGAGAGGGCCACGAGUGUCAUUCGUUAUCUGAAUCAGAAAAGCGGGUACGUCGCGGACAAAAAUCUGAAUUUGAUUACGCUGCCUUUCGCGUACGCGCCGCCUGCAGCGUGGACAAAGCCGGAUGGAUCCUUGAAUGUCCAUAUGCUCAACUUAAGGCAAAAACUUGGCCUUCAUUUUGCUUACCAAUGUAGUUGUAGUUUCACUUUUUUGCUAAUCCUACAUCAAGUUCAGCAAAGAAAAGUUAAAGUAUCCUGUUCGUGCUCCUCCCCGGUUUGUAGCACCUAACCUCGACGACUCCACCUCGUUUGCAUAAUUUUGUCCAGAAGACAAGAUAAUGAACAGAUGAUCAAAAGCAACCUCUAAUCUUUGUCUUGAACAUGCGAGUCUGGGCUAUUUUGUGCAAGUCACCAGGCAUGUCUGCGUCCAACUUAUCGCAAGUGCUUCCCUUCUUCGACGCCGCAGAGGUGAAAAUGCUCGCCGAGGACUACCUAUAUUUAAGGCUCGUUUUCCUUUUCCAUCGUCCUCGUCGAAAUCUAGUCCCUGACCCUGUCCCUCAACAAACCCGUAUUAAAAACAUUUGCACAAUCAUUCUUCAUCUAUCUCGAGUGGACGACACUACUUCUCUUUCUCAGACUUUGUUAGACACAAAAAGCAGAAGACAGGACUGUGAAAAACAAAAACUAUCUUCUUCUAAUAAAAGGCUUCGUCGAAACGAGACCAAGCGCUCUUGAAAACAAAUCCAUCUACUUUGCGAAACUGCUCAGGGACGUCCAAGCAAACUUUCUCUAGCAUGACUUGCUGGUGGUCUAGACUCAUCUCGAGGAUGAACAUGAAGGCUUCCAAGAAUAGCAGGAGGAGGAGGAGCGCCGUAGUUAGUAGAAUUAGAAACAGGUAGAAUCUGAUUCAUUUUCCUUCAUUCUCAUUCUAUUUUUUCUUUCCCCUUCUGAUAAGACUGCACCGCGCACAUUGAUUUGUAAGAAUGUUGUUCUUGUGUUGAACCUCCUCCCCAUUCCCAUUAUACUCCUCCCAAGGAGAUUCCCAGAAGACUGUGGUUGCUCGCAUAACAAAGUCAGCCUGAGGACCUCGUCGUGGCUGUGGCUCUCAUCUAUGAUAUUUUUUCGAUGAUUCAUUACUCCUUCCUACUUGAAAUAAAACUGGGCGCG